UUUCAUUUUACGCCGAUGAUCUCUUGAGACUGCACUGACUGACUAAAGCCUAUUCAGUGAAGAUCAGCCCUCCUUCCUUUACUUGGAGCACUGUGUGUAUUUGUCUGUUUUGUCUGUUCACCUUGGUAAAGUUACAGAAGUUGUGAUAUUUUGUCAAUUAGACCUUAAUGAAUUAGACCUGCUCAGAAGAUGUUAUGAUGUGUGAGAAGUAAAAGACAUACAAAACCUAUUUCAUUUGAAUGGGGUGAUUUUAAGAAUAGUGUAACUGCUUUACAGCAACUCAAGCAAAUAUUUGCAGUGCACUACUUCAUGUAAUAAUAACAGAGUCUGUUCUGAAAGUGCUGUCAUCAGGGAAUAUUUGUGUAACAUACCGUUAGAGUUUAUGGCACGACAGGAACUCAUAAAGAUUGAGUAACACAGUGGAAAACAUACACAAAGACAGACUUUGAGGAAUAAAUUAGAUUUUUGUUUAAAUAUUUCCACAUUGUGUAUGCAAAGCAGCUGCAGCUUGGUGAAAGCUAUAAAUAUUUUACAGUAAACAAAAGAAUGUGAGAGUGUAAAAGCUCUUUGUGUUGAUUCUCCAAGAGCGUUAUUCAACUCUGUGGUGCUCCGGAGCGAUUUGGUCCACAAAUGGCAAACCCGCAUCUCGGUUUUAACUCACAGGAAAGGAAUGCUUCUAUCCUAAAUAUUAUUUUAUUAUAACGGAACACAGCUACAAGCAUGAGUUUAAAACUUGAACAUGAGACUCUUUCUGAAAUAAAUAAAUUGAAUAGGUGGAACGAGAAUGAGAGUUUGAAAAACGUACACAAAGGCCGACUGUGUGUGAAUUCUGUAUAAAUAGCAUCUGCACAAGGUCCAAACUAGUGACCGACCGAUUAUCGGUCACCGAUAUAUCGGGGCCCGAUAUGACGGCUCCAGUUCUAUCGGGGGUUCUAUCAUAUCGGUGAAAUGUUGCGCCGAUAAAAAAAACUUAGUGUGACGAGUCACGGCAAGUUCAUGAAAUAAGUAACUGUAAACAUGAAAACAUCACUGGAACAACAAUUAUAGUCCAAAGUGUCCCUGGCCAAAAUCUCUGGUGUAAAAUAACUGCGAGGCAACUUUGCUAUAUCAUCACAGAUUUAGUUUAACCCCGAAGGGUUACAGUUUAAUAUAUGCUAAAAGGAUUUAACCAAGAAAGCUCUAGUCUCCCCGACACGACGCGGGAUCACUUAUAUUUUAUCGUCGUCAUUUUUGGCAUGGUUUGAUUGUGUGUGGUUUAUGGAGGGGAUGAAAGAACAACGUAUUUUUGGGCAUGCAUUGGUGACCUGGGAAUUGUUUCUCAGUAAAUUAGAAAAACCUUUCCUAUCAUUCCCCUUUUCCGUGCAUGAUUGAAGGAGAUUGGCUCGCAUCCACGUUCCACUCCCUCCUGCACUGAAAAGUCCCCUUAGGUUACAUAAACCAGCCUGGGUGUGUACAACCACUGCAUCAACUCGCAUCUAUUUAAACUCUGUCACUUUGCUUCGUCUCCACUGGCCCGGCGCUUCCUUACUCCUCCCACAUCUGUCCCCAUGGAGAUGGUUUGUCAGCACAGUAGGCAACAUUCAUGAGGACGAGAGAUGCAACCUGUUGGGUGCCAAUGCAGAGAAGCUGUGUUACAACCUGCCCCUCACUGACUUCAAGCAUUAGACACUGACUGACUGACUGAGAUUGAUUUAGACUGAUUUAGAUUGACUUAUUUAUUUUUAUUUAUUUAUUUAUUGAAAGUUCUGCUAUAUAAUUUAAUCUUUGUUUGCCAAUCUGCACUUUUUGUAAGACUCUAAGUUCAAAUGUUACUUGUCAUUUUAAAAAAGUCUGUUUAAUGUUAAAAGUCUUAAAUAAAGACAUUGAUUAAAGAAAGCAUCUGUCUGUACUACUGUCACUGUGACUGUACUAUUACAUAAUCAUAUUGGUGCAAAAUCUAUGCUCAAUCGGCCUGUUUUCAUUCCAGCUCAAAAACUAACUAUAUCGGUUGCAUAUUGGCUAUCGGUGUUUGCACCUCCUCUAAUAUCGGCUAUUGUUAUCGGGCCAAAAAAUCCCUACUGGUCGGACACUAGUCCAAACAAAACGGUAAUAGCACACACUGUAGGACUCCUAAUACUGCUGAUAUCUCAUGUAAAUAUUUUUAUUUCAAUUUUCAGAGUUAAACCGCAUUGUUGUCAGUGUCUGCUGAGCCCAGAGUCGUAUCAGAGGAGCCCACUGUGCAGAAGGAGAGAUCCUUCUUUUGAUACUGUUACCACUUAAUCCACUCUGUGCUCUUACAACCAAUGAUGCAUGUCUAUGACAGGCAAUUCCUCACUGACAGAAGACUGCAACAGUAAAUGUCCUGCAAUCAAACUAAGACUGAAUUGCAUUUGUAGUUAAUGCUCCUGAUUGUUUCUAUAAAAAGAAUAAAUACAGUUACAAAACAGUAAGUUUACAUUUUAUUUAUUUGUAUUCCACCUGCCACUUUUCAAUUCUAAGUAUUGAUAAUGGCAACAACCAAUGACAGAUGUUUAAAUAUGCAAGUAAAAUGUGUAUGAAGCAAUCUAAUCAGAUAAUCACACAUCCUGCUUACAGACAGUCCUCCAGCACAUUCUCCGAAACAUCCUGUGUGUGGCUUUUAAUACAUUUCCUAUUUAUAUCACUCUGCAUGCAGUUUCAGGUUUUCGUGCUGUGGCAGACGUUGGUCUGUGAGUUUGACUCAAAGGUCUGAUAGAAUAUGAAACCCACAACAUUUAACUUGUACUUUGUCUCGCUCAGCUAAUGGACGCUUCCCGACUUCUCUUCCACACUGCUGUGGUGAUAUGUAUAUCUGGAGGAAUAUCAGCUUCAGAGCCAACCGUAUCAGAAUGUGAUCCGUUCAACACGGAUCUCCGCAGGCUUCUUGAAGGAGAAGCGCUUCAUUUUCAACCUUAUGGUCUGUCCAAAGCCUCUGAUAGAGAGUUCACAUGGUACAAAAAUGGCUCACAGAUUUGGGACAUUUCCUCCAACGAGACAGAGAGGAUACAUUACCAUGGAAAAGCACUCUUUUUCUUAAACGUCCUCUCUGAUGAUGCUGGCAUUUACUUUGCCCAGCAAAUUACACCAUCAGGAGAAAGGUACAUCUAUUGUCUGAAACUCGAAAUCUUCAACUCAAGCUAUAAAGGGAAUGACAUUCUCAAUUUCGGAAGUAUCAAAAACUCUGACCAGAACAAAAGAGUCCCAUGUCCAGAACCCAUCACAACCACAUGCACAAAGUUUAAGGGGAACUUCACCUGGUACAAGGACCUACAGAUCCUUCCAGAUGAGCAUAAAUCUGACCUGUGGGUGUACAACACCAGCAAAACUCAUGAGGGCAUCUACACCUGUGUUUGUUCCUGGACUUACAAUCACAAUAUCUACCACUCAUCUGGCUCCAGGAGGCUCAUAGCUCUAGAAAAUUCCAUCCCCAACAACGAAAUCAUCUCUCCAACCAGCAAGGAGCAGUUUGUUUUUCAAGGCAGUGAGCUCAAGCUGAAUUGCUCAGUUUUCUGUGGGACCAAUGUGAAGUCUGAGUGUUCUGCCAAGUGGUAUGUUAAAAAUGAAGAGUUAAAACCAACGGAUGGAUACAAUCUAACCACUGAACGAGUCAUUGAAGACCCCUCAAAGAGAACCAUCAGCACAACCAUCCUGACCAUUAACAAAGUGUCUCCUAAGGAUUUCCACUCUGAGUUCAAUUGUGUCGGAGAAACCAUUGACAAAGUAUCAACGUUCACUUUAACUUUAAAGCCAAAAGAGCCAACCGUAUCAGAAUGUGAUCCGUUCAACACGGAUCUCCACAGGCUUCUUGAAGGAGAAGCGCUUCAUUUUCAACUUUUCGGUCUGUCCAAAGCGUCUGACAGAGAGUUCACAUGGUACAAAAAUGGCUCACAGAUUUGGGACAUUUCCUCCAACGAGACAGAGAGGAUACAUUACCAUGGAAAAGCACUCUUUUUCUUAAACGUCCUCUCUGAUGAUGCUGGCAUUUACUUUGCCCAGCAAAUUACACCAUCAGGAGAAAGGUACAUCUAUUGUCUGAAACUCGAAAUCUUCAACUCAAGCUAUAAAGGGAAUGACAUUCUCAAUUUCGGAAGUAUCAAAAACUCUGACCAGAACAAAAGAGUCCCAUGUCCAGAACCCAUCACAACCACAUGCACAAAGUUUAAGGGGAACUUCACCUGGUACAAGGACCUACAGCUCCUUCCAGAUGAGCAUAAAUCUGACCUGUGGGUGCACAACACCAGCAAAACUCAUGAGGGCAUCUACACCUGUGUUUGUUCCUGGACUUACAAUCACAAUAUCUACCACUCAUCUGGCUCCAGGAGGCUCAUAGCUCUAGAAAAUUCCAUCCCCAACAACGAAAUCAUCUCUCCAACCAGCAAGGAGCAGUUUGUUUUUCAAGGCAGUGAGCUCAAGCUAAAUUGCUCAGUUUUCUGUGGGACUAAUGUGAAGUCUGAGUGUUCUGCCAAGUGGUAUGUUAAAAAUAAAGAGUUAAAACCAACGGAUGGAUACAAUCUAACCACUGAACGAGUCAUUGAAGACCCCUCAAAGAGAACCAUCAGCACAACCAUCCUGACCAUUAAAAAAGUGUCUCCUAAGGAUUUCCACUCUGAGUUCAAUUGUGUCGGAGAAACCAUUGACAAAGUAUCAACGUUCACUUUAACUUUAAAGCCAAAAGAGUCAGUGGUCCCACUGGUCAUCAGAGUUGUGUUUGUGUUGAUGUUCUUUGUGUUUGCCACCAUGGUGAUCAAGUGCUUUGCCAUCGACCUUGCCCUCUUCUUCAGAGCCUUCUGUCAACUAAAUAGGCACAAUAAAGAUUCAAGGAUUUAUGACGCAUAUGUGGUGUACCAGACAGAAAGCAUGGACAAAGCUACAGAGGAGAAGCUCUCCGAGUUUGUCACAAAGAUUUUGCCGUCUGUCCUCGAAGAUAAGUGUGGAUACCGGCUCUUCAUCCAGGGGAGGGAUGACAUACCUGGAGAAGAUCGUAUGGAGCUGGUGGAGUACUCCAUCAAGCAGAGCAGGAGGCUGAUGGUCAUCCUCACCCCAGGUUUGGGUUCUGGAACAGAGUCCAUGUUUAAAGACCAGUGUCCCACCUCACAGGAAACCUCAGUUAUUGGAGGGUUUGAUUGGCAGGUGGGGCUCCACCAUGCACUAGUUCAGAGAGAGAUGAAUGUGAUUCUGAUCCAGCUGGGGGAACCUGGGCCACAAGGAUACACAUACCUGCCGCCUGGCUUGCAGCACCUGAUUCGUAAGAGUGCCCCCAUCAGGUGGCCUGAAGCUUCUAAAAGUGCCGCCUCAUGGAACUCCCGUUUCUGGAAGAGGGUCAGAUACCUGAUGCCGGCUACACCUGCCAAAAAAGUUGCACAUAUAGCCCUUAUCUGAAAAACAUAUAUAAUCUAAUUACUCACAUAUUCAAGACUUCAUGUUGGUUAAAAUGAAACAAAAUACAAAUGUAUGUAUUGAUGCGUAAUAAUGUACAAUACUGAAGUAUAAUAAUCCUUUUUCUUCCAGUACUGUAUAUUUAUUAAUAGUAUUAUAUUGACAUUAUUAUAAUAAUACAGAAUAUUUCUUUGCUUAUUUAUAUAACAAAAUGAAGAUUAUUCUAAUAAAGGCACCAUUAUAGAUAACUCUUCCAGAGUUAUCUGUUAUUUGUUACCUCAGGGGAAUUCUAGCCCAAUUCUAAAAUAAUCUAAGGCAGUUCCAUAAAUACAGACAGUAUAGGAUUUAAACACAAUAGCAACACAUCAUGCACAGGUACAUGAUCCAAAAUACCUCGACCCAAACUUGGAUCAUGCACAUUUCGACGGCAAUUUUUGUUUUAAUUUCUUUUUAAAAAGAAAUUAUUUAAAAAAAAAAAAAAAAAGGUGUAGAAAAUGUAAAAAUAUAAUUCAGUGUAAAUUUGUUUAUUUAUCAAAUAUUUUCACAUAAUUUUUUGACCAGAUGUCAUUUUUAAAAUAGACUGUAUUCAGUUAUUUGUCAUUGAAAUGAAGAUGUUCAGAAGUAUGACAGCUGUUGGUCAUAGUUUGUAACCAAGGUUCUAUGCUGCAUGUCUGUACAUAUCUUGAUGUCUCUAGUCAUUGUGUACACUUGAACACACGUACAUUCAAAGAUUCAAGGAUUCGUAUUGUGAACAGUUUGUAUGGGAUAUACAGAAGAAUCGAAUAAAACAAAAAUAAAAUAAACAGCACCUACUCUGAA